AAUUUUCUCAGAUAAGAAGCAGUUGAACUGGAUUCAAUUUUUAUCAUAGCUUAUGUAAGACUGCCUCUGUCCCUCCUCUCACAUGCCAUUGGUUAACAAGCAGACAGUGUGUCCAGGGGCGUUGCCUGCUCAUUGCUCUUAUAGCCUGUGAGGGAGGAAGAAAGACACAUUUGCCAACCAGGCCAGUGACAGAAAUGGAUUCGAAACAUCAGUGUGUGAAGCUGAAUGAUGGUCACUUCAUGCCUGUCCUGGGAUUUGGCACCUAUGCGCCUGCAGAGGUUCCUAAAAAUAAAGCUCUAGAGGCCACCAAAUUGGCAAUAGAAGCUGGGUUCCGCCAUAUUGAUUCUGCUCAUUUAUACAAUAAUGAGGAGCAUGUUGGACUGGCCAUCCGAAGCAAGAUUGCAGAUGGCAGUGUGAAGAGAGAAGACAUAUUCUACACUUCAAAGCUUUGGUGCAACUCCCAUCGACCAGAGUUGGUCCGACCAGCCUUGGAAAGGUCACUGAAAAAUCUUCAAUUGGACUAUGUUGACCUCUAUCUUAUUCAUUUUCCAGUGUCUGUAAAGCCAGGUGAGGAACUGAUCCCAAAAGAUGAAAAUGGAAAACUACUAUUUGACACAGUGGAUCUCUGUGCUACGUGGGAGGCCAUGGAAAAAUGUAAAGAUGCAGGAUUGGCCAAGUCCAUCGGGGUGUCCAACUUCAAUCGCAGGCAGCUGGAAAUGAUCCUCAACAAGCCAGGGCUCAAGUGCAAACCUGUCUGCAACCAGGUGGAAUGUCAUCCUUACCUCAACCAGAGAAAACUGCUGGAUUUCUGCAAGUCAAAAGACAUUGUUCUGGUUGCCUAUAGUGCUCUGGGAUCCCAUCGAGAAAAACCAUGGGUGGACCAGAACUCCCCGGUUCUCUUGGAGGACCCAGUCCUUUGUGCCUUGGCGAAAAAGCACAAGCGAACCCCAGCCCUGAUUGCCCUGCGCUACCAGCUGCAGCGUGGCGUUGUGGUCCUGGCCAAGAGCUACAAUGAACAGCGAAUCAGGGAGAACAUGAAGGUGUUUGAAUUCCAGUUGACUUCAGAGGACAUGAAAGCCAUAGAUGGCCUAGACAGAAAUAUACGAUAUUUGACCCUUGAUAUUUUUGCUGGCCCCCCUAAUUAUCCAUUUUCUGAUGAAUAUUAACAUGGAGGGCAUUGCAUGAGGUCUACCAGAAGGACCCUACGUGUGGAUGGUGACACAGAGGAUGUCUCUAUACUGGUGACUGGACACGUCAUCUCUGGUUAAAUCUCUCCUGCUUGACCACUUCAUCAAGCUACAGCUAAGCCCACUGGCCAGAAAAGACAGACAAUAAUUUUUUUAUCAUUUUGAAAAAAUUAAAUGUUCUCUCCUAAAGAUUCUUCACCUACUUUGGUCUCCAUAACUUCUAUGUUUUCUUUCCUUCUGACACACUAAUGACCCAAAACUGUGAUUUGCCUACGUGUUUAGGGCUGGGGUUGGAUGAUAUAACAACCACUUAAGAUUCAUUUCUGCAGUGGGAGUGGGUGGAGGUUCACCCUCUGGGAAAGCGGCAGGUGACAGGUAUUGGUCAGUGCCUCUCUAGCUGUUGUUGGAAGAAGCACAGGCAGCAUGGAGUCUAGAGGGUGAGCGAUAUUGACCAGCAAUUCAUGGGCUCCCUCCAGCAGUGUGAGGGUCAGAGUUUCUGGAGCUUGGGAGGAGGCAUCCCUGUGAGAGGGGGCGUCAGGGAGGUGGAAGGGCACCCACCAGGAAAAGUGAUUAGAAGUCAGGUAUGAGGAGGUUAAAUAAGAGAGAGUCAAGCUUAUCUCUGCUUGGAAAAACAUUUCAGCACCCUUUUUUUUUUUUUUUUUUUGAUCAUUAUAUCUUGUUCAUAAAAGGAAAGUUUCCACAAUGUUUUAACAAACCCCGCAGCUGAGAGUCAGGCGUGAAUCUUUGAUGUGUGCCCAGUCACAGCGUUGACCCUAUUGGUCUAUAGUGGAGCAGGACGUCAAAGACAUCAUUGACGAAUGACAUUCCCCUGACUACCUCAUAUUUAGAAAAUAUUCUUAGAUUGUAAAAAUGUGCUGUUCAUUGGUUAUAUUCAAUCUUUUAAAUGUUUUAUACAUUAAGCAAAGCAUAGUUACAAGUAUAAAACAGAAAUAUCCCAAAGUCAUUAUGUAUUGUACUCAAGAUUAAAAUGGGAAAUAAUAAAUCUAAUAAAUCA